AUGAAGGUCCAAUUGAAAGCAGACCGGCCAGAGUUUCAAAUGCACUCGCAGCGGCGAACGGCCAUCGCGCUCCUGGCGACGGCGGCAGCAGCGGCAGCGUGCGCAGCUCCGCCCAUAGCUAUUGCACGCAUCGCCACGGAGGAGGUCUUGCGGCAGAAAAGCGUGAUUACGACAGGCGGCUUCAAUCCCUCGGACGUCCCUGCAGCCCGGACCGGGCCCCCUCCCGCGCCCCGCGACGCGCCCGCGGAGCCCUCCGGCCGCGGCGCGGACCCGGGGGUGCGCCCCGCAGUGCAGGAGGCCCUCGGGCAGCUGAGGGCGGCGCGGGCGGCGGCCGAGGAGGCGCGGUGGGGCGACGCGCUGCGGGAGUACAGCUCGUUAGUCAACGACCACCCAGACCUAGCAUUGGCGACGUAUGGGCGCCUCGGCCGCGCGAUCAUGCUCUAUCAAGCGGGGGAGGUGUCGAAGGCAGUGAUACUGCUGGAUGAACUUGAGCUCACCGCGCGCGGCACGCCAGAGGUCCACGCAGCACUGGCUGCUGUUCUGUGGGCGGAGCGGCCGUCGCAGCGGCUGAGGGCGGAGCAACAGUUUGAGAUCGCCCUGGAGUUUGACCGGCGCUACUCAGACCUGGCGUACAUGCGUGAGCAGCGCCACUGGCCGCCGCGGCUGCUGGCAGCAAUGGCGCGCUUCCAGCAGCUGCAGACAUGA